AUGUUUAAGGGACCUGCAGUGGGUAUUGAUCUUGGCACCACCUACUCGUGUGUGGGCGUCUUCCAGCACAGGAAGGAGGAGAUUAUUGCCAAUGACCAGGGUAACAGAACCACACCAAGCUAUGUGGCUUUUACUGACACGGAACGAUUGAUUGGGGAUGCUACGAACAAUCAGGUUGUGAUGAACCCCACCAACACGGUUUUUGAUGCCAAACGUCUGAUCGGACGUAGGUUUGAUGAUGCCGUUGUGCAGUCUGACAUGAAGCACUGGCCCUUCAUGGUGUGCACCCUCUCCUCCAGCACCCAGGCCACUAUUGAGAUUGAUUCUCUCUAUGAGGGAAUCGACUUCUAUACCUCCAUUACCCGUGCUAGAUUUGAAGAGUUAAAUGCUGACCUGUUCCGGGGCACUCUGGACCCUGUAGAAAAGGCCCUUUGA